CGUGACUCAUGGAGCAGGAGUAGGGCAGCGGGAUGAGUGCGGGCGAGGUGCCACAUCGCGAUAGCUGCUUGUCAGCAUGCCGCGUCAUCGAAGACUGCCACCGCCAGGACGAGGCUGGUGUGUUCAUCGACGCCGACUUGGGUAGAUCUGUGUGGCAGGAGUACCAGGAGCAGGCCAGCAUAUUCGACGUGAGGAAGACCGGCGUGGCCGUGCCGCAGGAGUUCAUCGUCAACCGGGAUGACGACGACCGGCGAGGCGCCGGCAGGAAGGGCUGCUACGGCAUCUUCCCACGUAAGAACGGCACAUGCACGACGCAGGGAGGCUAAUCUCUUCACAUGCAUGCCAUGGUGUGUUCGAUUUCAGAGAUCCAGAACUGUUUCCGCGGCGUGGACAAUGGCAUGCGCUUCUGGAACUACACGGGCCUCACCAACCAAAGAGAAGGUACGGCACACACCACACGUGAAGGAAAAUCUAUAGAUGAAGACCUCCCUCCUUCAUGUCUGUUCUCCUCCUGUCAAUCAUGCAGUGGUUCAGUGCUACGGCCUGUCCGAGUCCAUUGCCGACGGUCCGGUGUUGGCCGCCGACCUCGUGCGCCCGAAGGCCUCCUUCCAGCGGCAGUGGCAGGGCGAGGACUGGAUUCUCGUCGCCGCCACGGCGCAUUGGCUGACUUUCCACCAUCUACGGGUCAUCAUGGUCUACCCCGGGGAAAGUGUCACGCGGUCAUCGGUCGGCUACGUGCCGCCCAAGGUGGUGGGGCGGCUGGAUAUCAGAGAGCUGGAACAGUAUCGGACUCACACUGGUGAAUCUGGGAGGGAGGGAGGGAGGGAGGGAGUGCUUGCUGUGUGGGCGUGUAGGUGUUUGUUUGUCUGUGCGCGAGUGCCUGUCUGCAGACAAGGAGGAAACAUACACGGUGGUCAAGGCACACCAGGCGAGCGGGCGCAUCUUUGUCGGAGGUGAGAUAACGGCCAGCAAACGACACAUAGACGUACACACACACGCAAUCCGAUGUGCACUUGUUUCCGUGUCUGUCUGUGCCUCGCUAGGCUCUCGGGGUCACGUCUACGAGUGCGACUAUGAGCGGCAGAAGCUCAUACCCCUGGAGCUGUCGGUGCUCGACUACACCCCCGGUGCGGCGGCACGGAAGACCUUCGUGCAGCUGGGCAAGCUCGCCAACGUCUUCUACCAGGAGGUCAGGCAGAUGGCCGUGGACGAGGCCCGAGGGCUGCUCUAUGUGCUCACCGCCGACUCGUGGAUACGGGUGUUCCACAUCCCGCCCCACGCCCCCUCCACCAUCGCAUACGAGCGCGACAUCGGCAUCCCCUAUGUCGAGCCGCCGCGUGCGCAGGGGACCGUUGGGAAACCGCCGGCGACUGUGUUGUCAGGUGGGUGGGGACAGACAGAUGGGCGUGCGUACGUGGUGGAUGAGAUUCUUUGCCUUUGUGUGUCUGUGUGUGUAUGUGUGUGUGUGUGGAUAUCAGUGACGGUGUCGCCUCACUCCGUUGACGAUCGUGUGCGGACACUGCGGACCCACCGUGACCUGGCUGCGCUCAACCGACAGGACGGGCAGACCACUCACAGCAGGAGGUCCGUCCUACCGGUAAGCAGAGACUCGUCAAGUGCAUCUGCCUGCCUGCCUGCCUGCCUGCCUAUGUGUGCGCGUGUGCGUGUGUGUGCUGCAGAUAGUGCACGUGGAGCCGUUGAGCCCCACCGAGGGACAGAAGCUCCUGUUCUUUGCCGUCACACACGAUGGUCAGUCAGCACGCCAGCCAUUUUGGCAAGCGCGUCUCACCUUUGGUCUCUGUUCCUGCCUUCCCUCCCUCAGGCCACCGUCUGUUCUUCAUGGGGCGGUUUGGCUCUUCACCCUUCACACCCAUCCAGAUCGGCAAACCCAACCCGCCCACACCGGCCAUGUCAGGACAAUGCACACACACACACACACACAUAUAUGUCGUGUGUGUAAUGAUUCAGUCGUUAUGAAGGCCCCGUGAGUGUGGAGCUGUCCAAGAUCCACCUACCCCCAAGGGACUCAUCCAUCAAAGUCAAAGACGUCUUCUACGCAAAGGUCACACGCAAACAGACACACGGAGACGAGGAAUCCCAUGCAGCAGACCCCCGACUGCCCCUCCCUCCCUCCCUCCCUCUCCGUGUUUCAGGGAGCUUCUCUCAUAGUGUCCGAGUGCCCGCCAUCCGCCUCAAUCGCAGCAGCCGCUGCGGCCGCCCAGCUGUCACCCCAGCAGCCCCUCGCUCCACCCCCCAGCCUCUUCGGGCAGCAGGGCCCCUCUCCAUUCGCCCAACAGCCGCCCCACCGCACCGCCAUGCCGCAGUUCCAGGGCCGAGCGGGCGACCAGCAGAGGCAGCCACAACAACAACAGCAGCAGCGGCCGCCGCCAUCGCCUCCGCUAUCCCCGUCUGGCGGCAGUGACCGCGAUCGGCAGGCCACCCGCACUGCACCCCAGAGUGGCCGGUUUGGGUCGCUUCUGGGGAGGUUUGGUGUGGGCGAGAGGCGCGGUGAUGCAGCCGACAGGCAUCUCAUGUUUGGCCGGAAGAACAACGGGCUGGUGGGGAUUGCUGUCGACAUGAGGCACGUGGCGCAGAAACGAAGCGCGUAAGGAUGGAUGAAAGAGAUGGAGAGAGGGAGGGGACAUCCUGAGGCUAUGUGGUGGUCGUUAGUUGUGCGAUCCAUUUCAUCUGUCAGUGGCUUGGUGACUGGCCGGGUGUCGGACAGCGACCAUCUGCAGGAGACCUCAGACCUCAUGGACGCCACGCAGAAGAGCAUUGCACCACUCGACGCAGGAUGGUCAGACACCCACAACCACACCCGCAACCACACCCCCUCUCUCCCUCCCUCACCCUUGUGUCUGUCCAUUCAUUUUGCCUUUCUGCUUCUUUCUUUCAGGGAGGUGUUGGCCGGCUCGGUGGUCGUCCCGGCGACCGAGUGCAUCAGCUAUGAGCUUCCUCACAUAGCCAGCCUCUACUCAUGGGCGCCCAUGUACCUCGACCCAUACAACACCACUCGGCGGCUGGAGUUCCACCCCCGCCCCCCCGGCAGCGUCCAGCAGCAGCCCCGCUCAGGCACGCCAUUUGCCGCCAGCAUGACGCGAGUACCAGGCCCACCGAUGGCCCUCCCUGACCUGACGACCCAGCAGUUCCUGCCAGGGAUGUCGUUCGUCAUUGUGUCGAACAGCGAGGUGCUGCACGUGACUAAGACGAGGCCGAUCGACCAGCUGGCGCACCUGAUGGUCAACGUGAGUCUGCAGCCGCCCGCCGCGGCCAUGGUGCCGGGCUACGUGUACGGGCCGCCGAUGCAGCAGGACUUCCAGCAGUUCUACAACACCUACUCGCCCGAACAGACGUGCGCCAUGCUCUGGCAGCUGCUGUGCGAGUGGCACCGGUCGGCCGCAGACAUGGGCCUCCUGCGGACGCCGCCGCGCUCGCCACACGCGGCCUCGGUGGGUCAGGGGCUCCAUUAUGUCUCGCCCCUGACAUGUGUGAGCGUCCCUGGCGUGAGGGGGCUGGGUGGCGGUGCGGACCAGAGGGUGCUGGAGGUGCUGAGGCGGAACCUGAUGACGGUGCUCCUGUCUCCCGUCUAUCGCAUGUUCCACCAGUUCACCGUCCACCACUCCUUCUCGACAGGUAGGUCAGAGAGUGAGUGACCGGACCGACCUGGUGUGUGUUGGUGUAUCAAUCCCUCCCUCCCUCGCUCCCUCUGUCCCCCCCUCUCUCUCCUGGUGUCUGCCUGCAGACCGCGGUCGCGACGACAAGUCCCCCUCCGGCGUGCUCAACAUGGGCCAGGGCACCUACUCGGCGCGGCUCAAGGGCCUCUACAUCUACGCUUCCCGGCUGCUGCGAGCGAUAUGGGACGCCCCCCUCUUCCAGGUGGCCAAGGAGGGCGCCAUGGGCAUCGCGGUGCAGCCGACGGACAGGCCGGAGCCGGGCGAUGACUCCCCAACACAAAAGAAAGGUGACCAAGCGACAGGGAGAGGGGAGGUGGCAAGGAACCGAUGCGCCUGGGUGAUCGUUGUGGCUUGCAGAUACGGAGUGGGAGCGCUUCUGGGGCGCGACAUUCAAGAGGCGGCGUCGGACGGUCGGGUGGCUCGGUGGGGUGGGGUACUAUGGCGAGCAUGACGACUUAGUGGAGGGCCGGUUCCUCCCCUCCCUCACCCCCACUUUCACACCACGCCAGAGGCAGCACCUCCAGGCACAGCUCACCAACCUCGCAAAUGUGAGUGACCGCGUGAAUGAAUGGGCACGCAGACACCGCCCUCACCGAAUGGUGCUCUCUCUCUCUCUGUGUGUGUGUGUGUGUGUCGUCGGCCGUUCAGGUGAUCCGUGAGAAUCGUCAGGGCCUGGAGGCCACCCCGCCCCCCAACGGCUCCGUGCUGCCCUAUGGCAUGCCCCCGCCGCAGCACCAGGCCAACCCCUUCGUGACGUCCUUCUACACCAGCACGGCGACAGGCGGCACCCACCAGAGCGGCAGGACACACCGCCACCACCACCUGCCGAGGGACAGGGAGAGAGAGAGGGUCAGCGGCGGCACCACCACCGCCCCCGUGCAGCCCCCACACGAGUUUGAGCUUCUGGUGAGAGAAAGAGACGACACGACGGCAAGGCGAGAGGGGUUCAGGCAAAUGUGUGUGUGUGUCUGUGUGUGUGUGUGUGUGUGUAUGCAGGAGGGUCUGUUGGCCACGUUGGACUCGGCGAUUGGUGUGUUGAACUUCUGCGACAUCUUCGAUGCGCCGCAGCAGGAUCGGGCCCUCACCCCAGCCACGUUCAACCGGCUCGCAGACACCACAUUCAAAGACAUGUGAGAGCGCACACCAACCACGCACACACCCCCACUCUCACACGCCCAAACACUCCCCUGUCUGUGUGUGUGUGUGUUUAGGAUCAUGCCAUCAGUGCGCCCGCCGCCCCCCGCUCCCCAGGCGGCCCCCACGCAAGCACCGUAUCCCUACCCGGCUGGGGGCCAGACAGGCGGCGGCCCAGACAGGAAGCGGCAGGCGACUACAGAUACCGAAGGCAGGAGGGCGGAUGGCCGUCGGGGUGGUGUGGACGGCAGCAGGGCGCGUGAAGGAGGUGCGGGUCCUUUGGGUGGUGUGGUGGGUGAGGGCGUAGCGGACCUGCUGCAGCAGCUGGUGCUGGAGCGGGUCGUCGACCAGAACGAGCUCAGGAACAGAUGCCCGACGCUCUACACGUACCCAGGGAGCCGUGCACUCAUGUCCACUCAAACAUCGUUCGUUGCACAUCUCUGUCUGUCGUCUGUCCUCUAUGUAUGUCUGUGUUGCUGCCUGCAGUCAGCUUGACGCCGACGAGCAGGAGAUCUACCUCUGUCUGGCAGCGGCCAAGGAGCACUUCGCUCGGUGGGAGAGGGAGGGCCGGCCGUCGGGCGACACCAGCAAGAUGGGCAGCCUGCAGCAGUGGGCCGGCGAGGUCAAUCAAGCAGAGAGGGUCAUCAAGAAACACCUCCCCAACCCCGAAUUCGACAUCAAGACACUCCUGCGCAAAGCGGAGGCCGCUAAGGCUGUCAGGUGAGCAGAGAGAGAGAGAGAGAGAGUGACACCGAUGAGCACAUAGAGAGGCUGUGUGCAAGGAUGUGUGUGUGUGUGUGUGUGUCCUCCCUCCUAAAGGCUGUUCAUCACGAUGGCCUGCGAGCGGGCCAAGGCACUGGACCAGCACGGCGUCACGGCGAGGCCUUCGCCGCCAUCCGCACCCACCGAACCACGAGUCGAACAGAUCUACAGGGCAAAGUGAGCCACCAUUACCACCACACACACCGCCACCGCCACCCGUGCCUGUCUCCACCCACGCAGAGAGGACUGCUACAGCGCCAUUCUCUCCCUCUUGGAGGAGCGCGUCCUCGUCCCGGGCGACCGCUGCAUCUACUACCCCGACGAACUCAUGAUCGACUUCGGCGCCAAAGCCAAACGCAAACCUGUCCGUAUGACGGCACCGGUCGCCGACCAGCCUGCUGCUGCUGCGGCGGCGGCGGCGGCGGAUACUGGGGGAUGGGGGGCGUGGUUCCGCGGCACGGCUGCUGGUGGGGGGAAACGGAAGCAUGAGGCCACAGGUAAGGAAAACUCGAAGGGAGCCCAAUCAAGGGCGGUCGAUGUGUGUGUGUGUGUGUGUGGUGUGUGUUGUGGAUGCAGGUGUGUCAGUGUCUGAGGAGCGUGUUGCGUGUGUGGAUCGGUGCCGCCACAUGGUGCAGUACUGCCUGCGCGAGUCGGCCGACUCUCAGCUGCACGUCAUGCUCUUCAAGUGGAUCAUCAGACAGCAGCAACAUGGUGCGGUGGGUGCGCACGUGUGCCUCACCGACCGCCAUCAAACCCUCUCGCUUCCUCUCUCUCUCUCUCUCUCUCUCUGUGUGUGUGUGUGUGUGUGUGUGCGUGUGUGUGCAGGUCUGCAUCUGCAUGAGCUGGACUCCCCCUACCUGGCUCAGUGGCUGCUGGGACUAAUGGAGCAGAGGACACAGACCCACAGGGAACGACAGCAGGGGAGACCACCCGCUGCUGCCCCUAGUGGUGGCGACACGGCCGGCGCUGCGGAGGGCGAGGCGGUGCUCAAGAGCAUCCCGCCCGACGAACUCGCCAAGUACUACAGCCGCACCGGGCUCUUCGCAGAGGCAAGUGGACUGGACAGCCUCAUGGCGUGUCUGCCCGGAUUCACAUCACACUGAUCCACUUGAUGGUGUGCUCACACAGGCGUGCGCGUGCUACAUGAACCUGGCCAUCUCCCCCUGGCCCACACGUGACAUCGAGCCCUCCUUUCUCGCCGCCGAGACGGGCGACUCAUGGCCGCCACAGCAUGUCAAUCCCAGCGAUUGGAACGUCCCCGCCCCCCAUAUCGACAGCACCACCACCGUCGACCAGCUUCUCGCCAAUAUCGAUGCAGCCCACUUCCCCUCACUUGCCGACCGCGGCAAAUUUGCGGUGGAGGCCAGCAGCUACUGGGAGAGGGCCAGAGAGCAGGGGCAGGCCGGCCGGGGAGGCGUGAGCGUUGUGGCGGGUGGUGGUGGUGGUGUGGGAGGCGGCGGCCUCACUGGGCAGGUGCCGCGAGUGGGGUCGUCGAAGCUGCUGAACCGGUGGGAGCGCGACAACUGCCAGAUGGCCUACAAGACGGUAAGCCAGUGGCAGGGGGCCAUCCAUACGGCUUGGACUCUCGUGUAAUGUAACAUGCUGUGUGAUCGUUGGCUUUGGGUGGGGUGGAUGGUUGUGUGCAGGUGAUGCUGCAGAGCACCAUGCUGGCGGAGAUGAAGGAAAACCUCCGGGAGCUCCUCGACGACGCCAAGACGCAUCUCAACUCUGACGGCACAAGGGUGAGCCGCACCCCCCUCCCCCCCGUCCCCUCCCCCUUGUGCACUCUCUCUCUCUCUCUCUCCCUGUGUGUGUGUGUGGUAUUCCUUCCAGCAGGCGUCCAGCAGCCAUCGCACGGACAUCCACCGCACCCUGCUCGGUGCCCACGGCGUGCAGCAGUCGCUGCGGAACGCCGCGCACCUGCAGCUGCUGGCGUGGAACCUUGGGCUCUACUGGAGCUUGCUGCAGAUGCUGCGCAUAGAGCAGUGGCCAGACGACGGCCAGGAGCGGGUCGUAUUCCUUGUCCGGGUGAGCUCAGCUGAGCUGAGAGGCAGGCAGGCAGGCAGCCAUACAGGGAGAGAGGGAGGGGUGAUUGUAUGCCUGUGUUGGGGUGACCGGCUGACCUUCCUCUCUCUCUCUGUGUGUGUGUGGAUGGUAUGGCCAGCAUCUGAUGGAUCAGGCCAUUCGCCGGGCGCUCAAGUCGGGCAACGAAAAUGUCGUCACCGAGCUCGUAAGCCCAGAGAGACAGGCGACGACUAAUGCCAUCCAUCCCUCCAUCCAUCCAUCCAUCUGUUGUCCAUGAACCACCACUUAGGUAGAGCGUCUGUGUUCCAGCUUCUCGCCCACAGCCGACUCCGCCACAGCCAGCCAGCGCGUGUGGCAGGCGGCGCUGCCAAUCGUCGUGCUCAAGCUGACGGACUACGCCUAUUCGGCGCGCACGAGCGUCGGGGGGCCGUAUUGGUGGUGGUGGCCGGUGCGCGUGCUGUGGGGGCCACAGGCCAACCAGUCGGUCAACGAGCUGUGCGCUGAGGGGCUGCCGACUUUCAGAUUUCCUCACCUGACCGUCUGCCAUGCACUCAGAAAUGUGAGCCAGUGCAUGGGCAGGAGACGAACACGAGACCGAUGCAUGUGUCUGUGUAUGUUUGUGUGUGGAUGGUUGCAGGACAUGGUGAGGGGCGAGAUCAGGAAGCUGACCAACCCUGACGGCAGGACGGCCUACGACUACCCCGCCCUCCUGCGAUUCCACGUGCUCAAGCACCUCCUGGACAUCAUCACCAAGGCACUCGAGCGGAGCCGCGUGCUGGCCGUCCACCACCGUCCGGGCGACACCCAGCGGUUCGUCAACGACAUCAACGCGGCGCAUACGGAGAUCAAGGACCUGUGCGACAGCCGCCCCAACCUGCAAAACAUCGCCCAUUCCAUCAUCGACCACCAGGCCCUCCCGACGCUGCUGCGGCAGGUGGGCGAGCUGGCGCGUGAGGCCAACCGCGGCCGCAUCAACCAGCCCAGCAGCCACUACUACCAGCCACACAUCCCUCCUCGCGUGAGCGUGCCGCCUCCGUCCUCCGGGGUCUCGUCUUCCCCUCGGUCCCAUCUACCCGUCGGUGCCGGGCUGGGAAUGGCGGCCCCCAGCUAUGCUCAGCAGCGAGAUACCAGUGUGUCGCGUGCGCCCUUUGGCCGUCAACCCCAGGCCCCUGGACCAUCACCGCCAGGAGCAGCAGCUGCUGCGGCUGCUGCUGCGGCUGGAGGGGGCGGUUUGGGGAUGGGGCGUGAUAGCUACGACCGCUCAGAGCCGCCGACUCUGCGGCCACCGGUUCCGGCGAGUGGUUAUGGCGGGCCUGGUCGGGCGAGUAUGCGCCCGGAGGAGUCGGUUUCUUGGAGGGUGGGGCACGCCUAUCGGUAGGCAGACCAGAUCAGGUGUGUGAAUGAAUCUGAACGUUCGUGUGCCGACCGACCGACCUUAC